UCGUAGUUUCAUUUUCAGUUCUCGUCUGUAUCACUCUCUCUGUGCUUUUUAGAGAGAGAGAGAGAGAGAGAAACGGGAAGGCCGACUGUCUGUCCAUCACAGCAGUCAUCAAUCAUGGGUGAGUCGUCCACCGGCAGCGCCUCUCUCCCCUCCGGCCCCGACGCCAAGAAGCGUCGCGUCACCUACUUCUACGAACCCUCAAUCGGAGACUACUACUACGGCCAGGGCCAUCCCAUGAAGCCCCACCGAAUCCGCAUGGCCCACAACCUCAUCGUCCACUACUCCCUCCACCGUCGGAUGGAGAUCAACCGUCCCUUCCCCGCCGGCCCCGAUGAUAUCCGCCUCUUUCACUCCGACGACUAUGUCGACUUCCUCGCCUCCGUCACGCCCGAAACCCUCCACGACCACACCCACGCUCGCAACCUCAAGCGCUUCAAUGUCGGCGAGGACUGCCCCGUUUUCGACGGCCUCUUCACCUUCUGCCAGGCUUCCGCCGGCGGAUCAAUCGGCGCAGCCGUCAAGCUUAAUCGGCAGGAUGCCGAUAUAGCGCUUAAUUGGGCUGGUGGGUUGCAUCACGCUAAGAAGUCUGAGGCAUCUGGGUUUUGUUAUGUCAAUGAUAUUGUUCUGGGAAUUCUUGAGCUCCUUAAGGUUCACAGGCGUGUAUUAUAUGUAGAUAUUGACAUCCACCAUGGAGAUGGUGUUGAGGAGGCAUUUUUCACCACUGAUAGAGUGAUGACUGUGUCUUUCCAUAAAUUUGGGGACUUCUUUCCUGGUACAGGGCACAUUAAAGACAUAGGUGUAGGGUCUGGGAAGUACUAUGCUGUAAAUGUUCCAUUAAAUGACGGAAUGGAUGACGAUAGCUUCCGGGGUCUGUUUCGGCCCAUCGUGCAAAAAGUUAUGGAAGUUUAUCAGCCAGAUGCUGUUGUUCUCCAAUGUGGAGCAGACUCGUUGACUGGCGACAGGUUGGGGUGUUUCAACUUAUCUGUGAAAGGCCAUGCCGAUUGCCUUCAUUUCCUUAGAUCUUUCAAUGUCCCUCUUAUGGUCUUGGGCGGGGGAGGAUAUACAAUACGGAAUGUUGCUCGCUGUUGGUGCUAUGAGACAGCAGUUGCAGUAGGGGUGGAACCUGAUAAUAAGUUGCCUUACAAUGAAUAUUAUGAGUACUUUGGCCCUGAUUACACUCUUCAUGUUGAACCAAACUCCAUGGAGAAUCAGAACUCGCCCAAGGAUUUGGAGAAAAUAAGGAGCAUGCUGCUUGAGCAAAUUUCUAGACUACCACAUGCACCUAGCGUGCCAUUUCAGACAACACCACCCACUACACAAGUCCCAGAAGAGGCAGAAGAGAAUAUGGAUAGAAGACCAGCCCGGCGCAUAUGGAAUGGUGAGGAUUUUGAAUCUGAUGGCGAAGAAGAUGAGAAGCCUCGACAUCACAGCUUGAACACUGCUGGUCAUCGCACAGCAAAUGAUGGCAUGAGGGAUGUUGCAGAUGAAAUCAAAGAAGAGAAGAUGACAGAUGCACAUCCUCCAUCUUCACACAGAUGAAACUCCAGAACUCCUAAAUCAAAUGCCUCUUAUCGUAUGCAAAAGGAUUCUUCCUAUAAAGGCAAAUGCCAUUUCAUUUGACUGGCAUUAGGAAAGGCACUUACGGCUGAUCCCUCACUAAUGCUCCCUUCUUUUUUUAGUCUUUUUCUUUUUUAAAAUUUAUUUUAGUAGACAUUUUUCAUGGGUUAGAAUCAGAAGUAGGGAUUAUACGAAGAGAGAUAAUUACCUGCACUAUGCAAAAUGUUUACCAUGGCAGUCACUAAGAAUUGAGUUUUUGUAUCAUUGUGUAUUGAUUACCUUGUGUAGGCUUUGUUGAAGAGUAACCAUUACAAUGUAAAACUCUUCUUCCUUUAACAUGGUAAGUGGGCUGAUGUAUGUCGAGAACUUUCUGAUUCAGAUUAAACCCUGGUCUCGUCAUGUCAGGAUCGAAGUUCUACUUGCCAUUUCAUAAAGCAUUAUGGAUUCUCUUUUGGAAAUGCUUAAAAUGUGGAUAUCUUUUAUGUUUUUGUGA